AAUCAAGCUGUUUCAUGAAUCUCGAGAACCGUAUAAUGUAGGAUACUUUGGGUGAUCCUUUCCGCAGGCAACCCUUCCCUUUCUCAGUAGCAACUGAAGUGCCGUCAUGCAGUGUAUGUAUUUCCGGCGAAGAAGAAGAACGUCUCUAUUUUUCAUACUAUUUCAUAUUUUGUCAAACACUUUCCACCUCUGAAGUCUGACUGAACUUUAUCCUAUUUCUUGAUAAUUCCAAGAAGCAGUUUAAUCAGAGGAAGGAUCAAGAAAGUGUAGAAGCUAAUUGAAAGUAGUUUCUGAAGAGAUGGAAAUAUGAAAUUCGGGAAAGAACUUGAGAAACAAAAGGUGCCUGAGUGGACAGAGGCUUAUGUUGACUAUAAUGGACUCAAACGAAUAUUACAAGAGAUUCGUAAUUCCAAAGAAAACAAGCCAAAUCGACCCAGGGCUUCUCAAAAGAGAUUAUCGCUGUUCAUGGACUUUGGUGCUUCAAGUGGACAUGCUAGCAAUCUUGAGAAAGAGGGGGAUAUUGAGAAUCAAGUAAUAGCUGUUGAUACAGUCCAAGAAGGGAACUCCAGAAAGUUUUACAACACCAAGUUACUUGUGUCCUCAGGAGAUGGAGAAGAGAAUGAGAGUAUUUUUUUCAAGACACUUGUUGAUGAGCUCAACAAGACAAAUAACUUCUAUAAGGAUAAGGUGGACGAAGCAAUUGAGGAAGCCGCUUUGCUCAAAAAACAAAUGGAGGUUUUGGUUGUAUUAAGAAUCAAGGUGAAUAAUCCAAAUUUUGAUGGAUCCAGUUCUCUGAAAUGUCUUUCCAUGGAUAUUAGCAAUUUGGCACCCUCAAAGAUUAUACCUCCCGCCAGAUCAAAGACUGUUGGGAUCAGGGUGAUGGAUAGGAAACUUGGUGUUGAAAUGUUUGGUGCAGAAGUAGACUUGAGCUGUCAACACCAGCACUCUAAUAGUCAUCCUAAUAAUAUUCCUUGCACCGAAAAUUAUAAUGGUGCUCCAAUAGAUGGAGAAACUACCAAUGAGAGCAAAUCAUCUCAUCUAGAAAUCCUUGAUCGUGUAAAGAUUUCAAAUACAUUUGAUGAUCCAAUAUCAACUAUUAAAGGAGUUCUCGGAGACUCCAAAGAGAAGGAGUUGAGUUGCAACAAAGAAGAACUGAAAGAAGUUGAAGAAAGAUUGAAGGUUGCAUUCAUCCAGUUACAUCAAAAGCUUUGCCAUCUGAAACAUUACAGCUUCAUGAAUCUCUUGGCCUUUUCAAAAAUCCUGAAGAAAUAUGAUAAGAUAACAUCUAGGAGCGUUGCAAGAUCAUACAUGAAAAUUGUGGACAACUCUUAUAUUGGAAGCUGUGAUAUGGUGAACAGUCUCAUGGAAAAGGUAGAGGUGGUCUUCAUCAAGAAUUUUUUGCGUUCUAACCGUCGGGAAGGCAUGAAACUACUGAGGCCAAAACAGAAAAUAGAAAAGCAUCGCGUAACUUUCUUCUCAGGUUUCUUUUGUGGUUGCUCAGUUGCUCUGUUAGUAGCUGUUGUUCUACUUGUUGAAGAUAGAAAAUUAAUGCCCAAAAGCAGAGGAGCCUUGUACAUGCGCACGGUAUUUCCACUCUAUAGCUUAUUUACGUACGUAGUCCUUCACAUGCUUGUGUAUGCUGCAAACAUAUACUUUUGGAGGCAUUACAAAAUCAACUACCGGUUCAUAUUUGGAUUCAAGCAGGGAACUGAGUUGGGCCACAGAGAAGUCUUUCUCCUGGGCAGUGGUCUUGCAAUGAUUGUUCUUGCUGCUUUCCUAAUACACUUCCACAUAAAGAUGGACUCGACAAGUCAACAUUAUGAAACUUAUAUAGAACUACUCCCUUUGGGCUUAGUCAUUGUUGUUAUUGCUAUUACAUUUUGCCCCUUCAAUAUCAUCUAUCGUUCAAGUCGUUUCUUCUUUAUUAAGUGCGUCUUUCGUUGUCUUUGUGCUCCUCUUUACAAGGUUAGACUCCCCGACUUUUUCUUGGCAGACCAGUUCACCAGCCAGGUACAAGCUAUAAGGAGCCUUGAAUAUUACAUUUGCUUCUAUGGCUGGGGAAGAUUAUCUCAAAGAUUGAACAGAUGCAGCAAUCAUGAUCUUUAUAACGUGUUCUAUUUUAUUGUUGGAGUUAUACCAUACUGGUUUCGCUUUCUACAGUGCAUCCGUCGGUUGUUUGAAGAGAGAGACUUUGCUCACGGGUACAAUGGUUUGAGAUAUUUCUUGACAAUUAUUGCUGUGGUCAUUAGAACGGCUUUUGAACUGAGAAAGAAAGUAGCCUGGAAACUGUUCGCUUUGGUGAGCUCAGCCAUUGCCGCUAUAGCAAAUACAUACUGGGAUAUUGUUGUUGACUGGGGGCUUCUUCAAAGAAAGUCAGAAAACCUGUUUCUAAGAGAUAAACUUCUCAUUACUCACAAAAGUGUGUACUUUACAGCCAUGGUUUUGGAUGUUUUUCUCAGGUUUGCUUGGCUACAACUUGUCUUGACGCUUGAUGUGCAUUCCUUACAGGGAAAUACAAUAUCAACAAUAUUCUCAUGCUUAGAAAUUCUUCGACGUGGCUUGUGGAACUUCUUCCGGUUGGAGAAUGAACACUUGAACAAUGUCGGGAAGUACCGAGCAUUUAAAUCGGUUCCUCUUCCUUUUACUUACUACGAGGAUGAAGAUGAAGAUGAUGAUAUUGACAAGGACAACUAGUUAUCUAUAUUCCUGUCUAUAACUCAUGUUUGAAUAUCAUGUAAAUGACAGAAAUAUGUUCUGAAACCAUAGCUAAGUGUUUGGAGGAAGUUACAGGAACUCUAUCACGGGUAUAAAUACACUUGGA